UAUAUUACGGUAAAAACCACGUUCAUCACACUGGGAGGAAGUUGUCGAAAUAAAAUGCAAAUGUAAAUGUUUUGCUGCUUUUAAACGUAGAGAGGAUAUGUGCUGUUUUAUUUACAUCGAUGGCAGAGUAACUUUAGAUAACACAAGAUGAGCCAUCGUCAUUCAAGUUCGGCAGAGUCCGGUGCACAGUUGCUUGCAAGACUUGAAGGAAGGCGAUCACUUGAGAAUAUUGAGCCUCGUAUUUUCCCCGAAGACAGUGGUCCAGUUAAAGGAGACGUGGUGGAGUUCCAUGGCGGGGAGGGAACGGGCAAGACCGAGGCACUGUACCACCUGGUGGCCCGCUGCAUCCUCCCCGAGGCGAACGGGGGCCUGGAGGCAGAGGUGGUGUUCGUAGACACGGACUACCACCUGGACACGCUGCGGCUCGUGGCCGUUCUGGAGCGGCGUUUGCCCUCUGGUGCGGAGGACGCGGUCCGCGCCAGCCUGGCCCGGCUCUACGUCGUCCACUGCAGCAGCGGCGUCCAGCUCCUCCUCACCCUGCACUACCUGGAGGGCAUGUUCUGCAGCCGGCCCUCCCUCUCGGCCCUCAUCCUGGACAGCAUCUCCGCCUUCUACUGGGUGGACAGGGCCAGCGGAGGAGAGAGCCUGGCACUGCAGGAGUCCAACCUUAGGAAAUGCACCAGGGUCCUGGAGAGGCUGCUGAAGGACACCGGCAUCGUGGUGUUCGCCACCACGCACGCCGUCAUGAGGAACUACGCGUCUGAAGACUCCUCCUCCUCCUCUUCUUCACACAGGCGCUGGUCGUCUGCUCACACAGACCUCAGCAAAGCUUACCUGUGCAGGGCGUGGCAGGGCAUAGUCACCCACAGGCUGUACUUCUCGAAAGGCGACGCGUCGGACGGAAAGCGGGUCUUUUCCGUCACGUCCUCCUGCUUGAGGACGAAGAGCACUAGGAGGUGCUCCUUCCAUGUCACAGAUGGGGGAAUCCAGUUUCUGUAACAUCUCCUCAAUGUCACAUCAAUGUUUUCAGUGUUUGUUUUGACUUUGUAUGUUAACAACUGUUCUGGCAGCCACACAGGGUUCUCUGUGAGAAUGAAGUACAGAGUCAUAUGUAUUUUUGUCUGCAAGUUUUUCUUGCAGAGUCUUUAUGUGGUGCUUCCUUACUUCACUGUUGAAAUACCGUUCCUCAGUUAAUUAUCUUAGUUCUGGUUUAAUUCUUCUAGAGAUCUUAAAUAUAUUUCUUAAGUCGUAUAUCCAGUGCUACAUUUUUUAAGCGUCAGGUAGGAAUGAGCAAUGAUAAUGUUCAGAGAUGUACCACUGUUCUCAUUCUUGUUAAUUUCAUCGCUAAUUUUCAUUCAGUUAUGUUUUAAUUUUCAGGAUCCUUUUUGUGCGUGAAGACUGGGGUUAAUAGAAAAACUGUUUGUCCAGAAAUACAUUAUUUCUCAAACAAUUGACCCGUGUUAAAUCUGAGUUUUUAGAAUAAAAGAAGUCAUUCCAGAGUA